CUCUUCUUCUUCCUCUUCGUUCCCUCUCAAUCUCUUUCUCCUCUACCCAGAAAGCAGCAGCCACCACCACAACUAAACCACCGCAACCCAGCCGCGAAACCCGCUCAAAAUGCGAGUGUGUCUGCGUCGUCCUCUCCACUCUACCCUCUUAUUCUCCUCUUCUUCUUCUUCUUCUUCUACUACUACUAGAACUAGUACUACCUCACCCAGCAGAAGAUUAGGCCGUGUUUGCUCCCAACGUUCUCUCUCACAUGUCAGUGCCAGUGCCACCACCCUUCGCUCUUUCAAGCUCCCCACUCCACCAGGGCACACCAAAAGCCAGAGUUGGAUGAUGGGCUCCAAGAACAUGUUCAAGACCAAUUCUUUUGCAAUCCCAUUUUCUAAUUCUUCACAUAGACACUUCUUUAACACCCACACACCCCUCUUCUCUGCCUGUUCUUCAAAACCCAUCUCUAAAAUUCAUUCUUUACCCCUCCAGACUAAUGGCUUCUCUUCCAUCUCUCAUGCCAAUGUUCCCGGACCAGAUAUUUUGGAGAGCCCAGCAGAAUAUAGGCUUGAAACAACACAGUUGAAAAUCCUGAAGCAGAAAUUGGAGGAGCUUGGAAUGGACACUGAAAUAUGUGUACCGGGACAAUACAACCACUUGCUUUGUCCAAUGUGCAAAGGUGGGGAUUCAGAGGAGAAGAGCCUCUCUCUUUUUGUUACAGAAGAUGGGGGUGCUGCUUUAUGGAUGUGUUUCCGCGGAAAAUGUGGCUGGAGAGGCAGUACAAGGGCCUUAGCAGAUAGCCGGUCGCUUUCUGGAUCUUUGAACCCAAUAACCAAAGUUAAGAUUAAAAGAGAAAUUAGCGUGGAGAACCUGCAAUUAGAACCACUUUGUGACCAGAUAGUUGGCUAUUUUGCCGAGCGUUUAAUAUCAAGGGAAACACUGCAGAGAAAUUCUGUCAUGCAGAAGAGUUGUGCUGGUGAUCAGCUUGUAAUUGCAUUUACUUAUUGGAAAGAUGGAAAGCUUGUUAGUUGCAAGUACCGGGACAGCAACAAGAAGUUUUGGCAGGAGGCAAAUACUGAAAAGAUUUUUUACGGGCUUGAUGAUAUUAAGGAUAAAAGUGAUAUUAUUAUUGUUGAAGGUGAAAUGGACAAGCUUGCAAUGGAAGAAGCUGGGUUCCGCAAUUGUGUGAGUGUGCCAGAUGGUGCCCCUCCAGUAGUUUCCACAAAAGAGUUGCCACCUGAAGAAAAGGAUAUUAAGUAUCAAUAUCUGUGGAACUGCAAAGAGUAUUUACAGAAGGCAUCACGCAUUGUACUUGCCACUGAUGGGGAUACAGCUGGUCAAGCUUUAGCUGAAGAGCUUGCACGCCGCCUUGGAAGGGAAAGAUGCUGGCGAGUCAAAUGGCCAAAGAAAAAUGAAGAGGAAUAUUGCAAAGAUGCGAAUGAGGUUCUCAUGUUUCUUGGCGCUGAUGUACUGAAGGAAGUAAUUGACAACGCAGAAUUAUUCCCCAUACGUGGAUUGUUCAACUUUAAAAACUACUUUGAUGAAAUUGAUGCGUAUUAUAAUCGUACUUAUGGAUAUGAGUUUGGUCUCCCAACUGGGUGGAGGGCUUUGAAUGAGUUCUAUAAUGUGGUGCCAGGAGAGUUGACUAUAGUAACUGGGGUUCCCAAUUCAGGCAAGAGUGAGUGGAUUGAUGCUCUCUUGUGCAAUCUUAACGAGACUGCUGGUUGGAAAUUUGCACUUUGCUCUAUGGAGAACAGGGUUCGGGAGCAUGCGAGGAAACUUUUGGAGAAACACAUAAAGAAGCCUUUCUUUGAUGCAAGUUAUGGUGGAUCUGCUGAGCGUAUGACUGUGGAGGAGUUGCAGCAAGGGAAGAAAUGGUUGAGUGAUACAUUUCAUCUCAUAAGGUGUGAGGAUGAUUCCCUUCCAAGUAUUAAAUGGGUUCUUGAUCUUGCAAAAGCAGCAGUUUUGAGGCACGGGGUGCGUGGACUUGUAAUUGAUCCUUACAACGAGCUUGAUCAUCAGCGUCCUGUAAGCCAGACUGAGACGGAGUAUGUGAGUCAGAUGCUUACCAAAGUCAAGCGUUUUGCUCAACAUCACUCUUGUCAUGUUUGGUUUGUGGCACAUCCUAGACAGUUGCACCAUUGGGUUGGCGGUCCUCCUAAUAUGUAUGAUAUUAGUGGAAGUGCGCACUUUAUAAACAAAUGUGACAAUGGGAUUGUUAUUCAUCGUAAUCGGGAUCCAGCAGUUGGGCCAGUUGAUCAAGUACAAGUUUGUGUUCGGAAGGUUCGGAAUAAGGUUGCUGGAACCAUAGGCGAUGCCUUCUUGUUGUACAAUAGGGUAACUGGUGAAUUCAUGGAUAUUGAUGAACCAUCUGGCAAGAGAUAGGUAAUUAUUUGAUUAUUGAGGAAGAAAAUGUUUGUACAGCCGUAUCCUCCAAUUUAUAGGCCCUCGACAUGAGGCGAGUUUUGUGAUGCCAAAGUUCUACUACCAUAAAAUGGCUGUGGGUGUUUUCACUUCGUGCAAACCUGUGGCAGUGAGAGAUGAAGAUCGGAAGUACUUCAGCAUCAAAGUUGAUCAGGUUAUGGUUGGCUUAAAUUCAGGACGGUGGGUUAGAAGUUUCUACUAUUAGAAACUUAUUUUUGGAGAUGAAUUGAUCAAUGAUCUAUAUUGGCUACCCCUGUAUAAUAAAUUAUUUUUUUGUGUAGGGUUAGAAGUGUCUACUAUUAGAAACUUAUUUUUGGAGAUGAAUUGAUCAAUGAUCUAUAUUGGCUACCCCUGUAUAAUAAAUUAUUUUUUGUGUAAACUUAUAUAAUAUCAGGUGAUAUUCAACAACCCAGUGAUUCCCACUAAUAUCAUAUGCACCACAAACACACGCUUUUAAUA